AGAAGCAUAUAGCCUAGACCUAGAUCUAUAUCUACGUAGAGUCUAGACCUAGAAUCUGAUCCAGAUUUACUUCGUCUACACAAAGCUGGAGUCUAGAUCAACACCAGUACUUAAAUCUAAAUGAUGUAGACUGAUUGACUUAAAAGACGCAAUAAAGUUUUACGAAAAUGCUUAAUCAGUCUUAAAUUUAAAUUAUCUAGAUCAUCAGAUCAUGAUCAUCUAGACUAGAUCGAAGUCGAAGACAUUCUAAGAGUUAAAGUUAAAGACUAAAAGAGUAGUUUAGCUGGCACAGUGACACGUCUGCAUUUGAUCAUGUGGUCAAUUAAAAGGAAAGUUGAGCGGGAAAUAAAGGAUGAUGUCCACAUAAAGUUUCAGCGUUCAGAGCAGGUCACUCCAGAUUUGGUAAACAGAUUGGGCUUAGAGAAAGAACUUGAGGGUCAUGGAGGCUGCGUCAACUGUUUGGAAUGGAAUGAGAAAGGAAACAUGUUGGCAAGUGGCUCUGAUGAUCUGAAUGUUAUUUUAUGGGAUCCUUUCAAUCAUAAGAUGAUUUCUAAACUACAGACAGGACACCAAGGGAAUAUUUUUUCAGUCAAGUUCUUACCACACUCCAAUGAUGCCCUGAUUGUCACUGGGGCUGCAGACCAUCGCAUCAAUGUCCAUGAUCUGAACCGCAAGGAGACCACUCAUGUGUUCACCUACCACCUGGGUAGGGUCAAGAGAAUUGCCACUGCUCCAAAUCUGCCCUAUUUAUUUUGGAGUGCUGCAGAGGACGGCACUAUCAUGCAAUUUGAUCUGCGUUGUACCAGCACCACGACCUCUGCCCCAAACAAUAUCCUGAUCAAUCUGAAUGCGCACAUGGGCCAGUUUGCCGAGGCUAAGUGUCUGGCGAUCAACCCACUCAGGCCUGAGAUGCUUGCGGUGGGUGCCAAUGACCCAUAUGUACGAAUGUACGACAGGAGAAUGUUGAACUUGUGCAGCAUGCAGAUCCCUGGAGACAAUGUCAACAGAUAUCCUUGGGAUCAUCCACACCUUGAAGACAUUGAAGGAGAAAGUUACAGCAUUCCUCCAGGAUGUGCCCAGUAUUUCAUAGCAGGUCAUCUGCCUCAAAAGCAGCAAGAUUAUAAGAAACGCUACCGUACGCUGGCAUCAACUUAUUUGACCUUUGGCCCUGAUGGUUCUGAGCUGCUUGUUAACUUGGGCGGAGAACAGAUUUAUUUAUUUGAUGUUAGCAGGAAACUUCGCCCUCGACGGUUUGACAUCUCUAUCUUAGGAACUAAUGGUUUGGUCAAAGACAACCUGGUCCCGCCUACAAAUGGUUACAGUCUUCAUACCAAUGGAACUAAUGGAGUUUAUAGGGGAUCUUCAUCAUCCUUAUCGUCAUCAUCAUCAUCAUCAAACACGCAGACCAGAUCAGCACACAUCUCUUCCAGUCUGUUGUCACCUUCUUCCAUUUCUGACAAAGCCGCAGACCACUCUGGAGAUUUGCCCAACAAAAGACAUAAAGGAGAAUCCAAGCAGUUGACUCCCUUGAUAGAGAACUUAAAAAAACAUGCCAACGCAUUGUUUGAGAAAGAAGAAUACAAACAAGCAAUAGAUGUCUACAACCAGGCAAUAGCCAGGUGCAAUGCGUCUGCUGUCUUGUAUGGCAACAGAGCGGCUGCUUACUUGAAAAGAAAAUGGGAUGGAGAUCUCUAUGCAGCUCUGCGUGAUUGCUACCAGGCAUUGACCCUUGACCCUCACCACAUGAAAGCACAUUUCCGACUAGCCCGCUGCUUAUAUGAACUGGCAUGGAGCCAGGAUGCAUUUGACUGUCUCAGCCAUUUCAAACAUCGUUUUCCGGACUACGCCAAGAGCAAUGCCUGUGAGACACUAGACAGAGACAUAAAGGCAGCCAUAUUCUCGCAGACAGAAGCUUCCAAGGAUGGCCUGGAACACAGGCCAGAUGAAGGGAUGAGACACCCUAGUUCUAGACAUGAAUCUGAUCAGGAAAAAGAGCAUCAGAAGACUGCUUCCGAUUAUUCCUUACGCUUCUGUGGCCAUUGUAAUACAACUACCGACAUCAAAGAGGCUAAUUUCUUCGGCAGCAAUGGACAGUACAUUGUGGCAGGAUCUGACGAUGGCUCCUUCUUUAUAUGGGACAAACUAACCACUAACAUCAUGAGGGUCAUGAGAGGCGAUGAGUCCAUAGUCAACUGUCUGCAGCCCCACCCCAGCACCUGUCUAUUGGCUACCAGUGGCAUUGACCCAGUGGUCAGGUUAUGGAGCCCUAGGCCAGAAGAUGGCACUGAAAACGACAGAGAAGUGAACAACAGUGAUGAUGCAGCACUAGCCAAUCAGAAGCGCAUGAAUGCCGAUCCGUUGGAGGUCAUGCUGAUGAACAUGGGUUACAGGAUCACAGGAUUCUUGGAUGUAGACGAGGAUGAAGGCAACCCGCCUGACGGACCGGCCAACUGUCGUACAACAUAAAGUAUGGCGAAGCUGGCAGUCUUUACUUGUAGCCUAUGUUGUGAUAUGUAUGAGUGCUGUUUGUUGGCUGUAUUGGAAGUGAGUGCUGUUUGUUGGCUGUAUUGGAAGUGAAUGCUGUCCUGUUGGAAGAGGGGGGAAAUUUUCUGUCUUUGCCUCUGAGUAUUUUCUUGAUUUCUGUGUCCUGGCUAGUCACUAAAGAAUUAAAUGCACAAACUUGGAAAAAAAAAUUUUGUUUUAAAUUAUUAAGACCGGUUGCACUUUAUGGAUGGAGCAAAUAACAGAAUGUUUGGCUUGAUCCCCAUACAAUUACCUGACAUUGUUUUGUCAUCUGUGAUAAAUGCUGACUUAGUGGUAGCUUUUUAAGUUGAGAUGCUUCAAGGAUAAUCAGAGUAAGAUUUCUGACAUUUAGUUUUCAAUGCACAAAGAUAAUAGUCACAUUUUUUUUAGUAAUAAUAGAUUAGUAAUAUAGAUUGUGUUUAAAAGGAUCAUUGAUAUUUUUGUUCUUGGAAAUUAGAAAGACUGAUUUAGAGGUGAGCCACUGCGACGCUGGAGCUGCAUUUAAAUCAGAUAUUUUGUCAUCACCAUAACUUUUUUUUUUCCCUCUCCACAUUUGUAAUGUAAAAGUUGGGCACAAUUUUUGUUUUGCUUUGUUACUGCUGGUGACUGCCCUUGUUUUUGCACAUAGUUAAAUCUGGUUCACUUCUGCUGGAAACUCAUAGUUUAAGAAAAUUACUUUAUUACAUUAGCAUGUAGACCUAGUGAUAAGUAUUAGAGGUAUGCAGAGGGAACUGGGGUUUGAUUUGAACAGCCUUUUUUUUUAAAUGUUCUUAAUCUGAUGCCAUUCAUUUUUCUUGGAUAUCUGGUUGGAUUCAAAGUACUCUGAGAAUCAAGUCAUCUGAUUGAAGGAAGUCAAUGGAAUUUCAAAUUAGUUUUGCCUACUGUUACAAAUGAAAUGAGGUUGCUUGUAAGAGUAGCCCAUGUUACAUAUUAAUGAGGGUUGAUUCUAAAAGAGCACCCCACUUAAUUGAAUCAACCCCCAUUAAUAUGUAACAUGGGGUACUCUUACAAGCAACCUCAUUUCAUUUGUAACGCCUACUAUCAAACAUAAUAACUGGAUAGAGUAAACUGUCAUUUAUUUUUCUAGCAUGACAGAUAAGUUAAUAAAUAAUUAAUAAUAAAGUCAGAGGCAUAAGACUAAUGAUAAUCUCCUCUCAAAAGUUUAAUUCAAGUUUCAACUUCUCUAGAUAAUUUUCAAACAUAAACUUCACUUCAUUUUUAUCUUAUAAAUUAAAGAUGUUCCUUCAUAAGAUAAGAUGAUUCUGUCUUACGUAAAGUUGGACUUUGUUUUUUGUUAGCUAUAAGUUUUGACUGAAAAAUUAAUGAUUUUACUGGACUGUUGUAUUGAAUGAGAAUUGACUAUGGAUUGAAUUGGACUGUUAGGAUACGACUGCCUUGUACCAGAGUGUGUGAAUAGACUUAAUAUACCGGUACAGUCUUCAUGAUAACACGCUUUGCUGGUUGCUUUGAUUUCUUGAACAAAAAAGUGUGUGUGUGUGUGCACUAUCUAGUUUGAACUUUGAUGUUAAGAGAAGAAACUUUGGAGGUGUGUUUAUUUCUUUUAGUAUCAAGAUUGAAUAUUAUCUGAUAUGUAUUGAUUGCAGUAUUUUGUAUUUGUCUUUAUGAUAAGUAGCUCUCAGCAAUGAUGAGAGGCUGGGAUAAGUAGCUCUCAGCAAUGAUGGGAGGCUGGGAUAAGUAGCCCUCAGUAAUGAUGGGAUGCUGGGAUAAGUAGCUCUCAGCAAUGAUGAGAUGCUAGGUUAAGUAGCCCUCAGAAUGCUGGGAUAAGUAGCUCUCUUCAAUUAAGGGAUGCCGAGAUAAGUAGCUCUCUUCAAUUAAGGAAUGCUGGGAUAAGUAGCUCUUUUCAAUUAGGGGUUGCUGGGAUAAGUAGCUCUCUUCAAUUAAGGGAUGCUGGGAUAAGUAGCUCUCUUCAAUUAAGGAAUGCUGGGAUAAGUAGCUCUUUUCAAUUAAGGGAUGCUGGGAUAAGUAGCUCUUUUCAAUUAAGGAAUGCUGGGAUAAGUAGCUCUUUUCAAUUAAGGAAUGCUGGGAUAAGUAGCUCUUUUCAAUUAAGGGAUGCUGGGAUAAGUAGCUCUCUUCAAUUAAGGGAUGCUGGGAUAAGUAGCUCUCUUCAAUUAAGGGAUGCUGGGAUAAAUAGCUCUCAGCAAUUAAGGAAUGCUGGGAUAAGUAGCUCUUUUCAAUUAAGGGAUGCUGGGAUAAGUAGCUCUCUUCAAUUAAGGGAUGUUGGGAUAAGUAGCUCUCUUCAAUUAAGGGAUGUUGGGAUAAGUAUCUCUUUGCAGUGAUGGGAUGCUGGGAUAAAUAGCUCUCAGCAAUGAAGGGAUGCUGGGAUAAGUAGCUCUUUUCAAUUAAGGGAUGCUGGGAUAAGUAGCUCUCUUCAAUUAAGGGAUGCUGGGAUAAGUAUCUCUUUGCAGUGAUGGGAUGCUGGGAUAAAUAGCUCUCAGCAAUGAAGGGAUGCUGGGAUAAGUAGCUCUCAGCAACGAAAGGAUGCUGGGUUUAUUUCAUUGAAAGUUUCCUAAUUACAGGUAGGUUACCAUCUCAAACAAGCUUUGUUCAAAUGCCUUUCUUUUAGUAUUAAUUAUAGAUUAUUUUGUCCUUGUGUCUAUUUUUUAUUUGGCUGUGACCCAUGUGUACAUAAUUUGUAUAAAUUGGUUGGACAAGCACUGGUUACAUUCAAACCAGAAAUCAGGUCAUGUGUUUCACAUUGUGUGUGCGUGCUCGUCAGUUGGUUGCAUUUAAAUGUGUGGUUAUUAUUAAAGAGAAGACUGUGAUACAUGAUCAAACCAAACGUUGUAUUUCCCAAUAAUAACUUGAAGCUUACAUAAUAUGAACAGUGUAUUUGAAUGCAAUGGUUCUGUACAUAGUUAUUCUAAUCCCAGAAUUCAAUCUUCAUUUUGUAAAUACUAUUCUUCCAUCAGACAAUGGAAAAACCCUGUUUUGACAAUUAAAUUCUUGUGUCGCUAGUUGAUUGACCUCUAUUGAAUUGUUUGUGAGGUUGAUUUGUGUUUUGAAAUUUCUGCCAGUGAAAAGUAUUUGAAUCCAAAACAAAUGUUUGUACAAUUUUUUUUUCUUGAACUUAUCAAAUGUCAGAGCACUUCUUUGGAUUCUGUGACUCAACUUUAUUUUCAUGAUUCAGAUGUACUGUAUGCACUUAACUGGCCAGUGAAAUGUUUUGUUAAAGGCUAGAAUUUCUGCAUUCCUUCAUUGUUAGUAUAAAAUUUAAUGAAGAAUCAUUACAUUGAAUAAAAGCUAAGGGUUAUCAAACCAAUCAUGACUUAUGUCGCAAUAUACUGACCAUAGCAGUUUUCUAGGGGGGGGGGACAAGUUUUAGCUAUUGCAGACAGCACAAGAUGGAAGUGUUUACACAAAACAGACAAUAACGAGGAAAACCAUAAAUAACAAACUAAAUGUUUCUCUAGUCAUAUGAAGUAUUAAAAUUGAAUGAAAUAACUUCAGUUAUUAAUUAGAAAACUAUAUCAAAACAAAGAUGGCUGUAGGGUGAUGAUAAGUAAGAAAUAGAAUCCUUAGAACCAUCUAGAAACACAAGUCAAAAUCUACCUAGAAAUUAGAAUGAGAUCUAAUCUAACUUGAUGGAAUAUAAAAGCAUGUAUACAAACUUAUUGGUUCACAAAAAAUACUUUUUAAAAAAAAAUAAAAAAAAAAAAGCUUAUACUAAGUGUAGUUAUAUCAAUUAGAAAUCUGUGCGAUUAGAAAUAUUUUGACCAAUUGUUUUUGUUUAUCACUAUUUCAUGCUUUUUAGCUUUUGAUCCUAUCACUUAUCUGGACCAGUUGGGAAAAUUUGGGAGGGGAGGGAGGGAAAGAAAGCUGACAUUCUAACCACUCUGCUAGUGAAGUAUGCUUGAAAAUUGAAGAUAGUGUUUUAGUUAUCCAUGGUUUGUUUGAAAUAUACUUUAAAAGUGGCGUAUACCACCACCGCAGUCAAAUACAAUCUUUCCCUUGUUCAAAUCGUAUCAAACACAAUAAUAUUUCCAAUAGUUAAUUAACUAAUUGGAUAAUUUUGUUUUUGUUAUUAAUACUUGUGUGGUCAGGUAAAAGAAAUAAUUGUGCAAAAUUUCUGCUUGACCUGAGACUAGGGAGAGAAAUAACUGUACAAACUUUUGACCAGACAGAGUGAGUUGAUAUAAGCUUUGUAAAAAGUAGCACAUGUGACAGACAAUAAACUUACACAAAGAGAACGGUAACAUUGUAUGCCCAUUAUACUAUGGUAUUGUCUUAGGGGAAAAAAAUAAAGAACAAUUACUAAAACUGUUCACAAAACUCAAUAGUUUUCAUGGCUUGAAACAAACAAAACCUGACAUUGUGUAAGAGCUAUGAUUAGCUUAUAAUAAUUUUAAAAAAUCAUCAGUAAUGAUUUGUUUUAAUUUUAUUGAAGCCACUGAGAUUGUAAUGCUAUUAUAAAAUUUAAUCAAGAGGAACCUGAUUGCUUGUUGCUUCAUUGCCUGAACAUCAUGUAUCUAUCCAUAUAUUGUUUUGUUGUAUUAGAAUGAAAAAUAAAAAUUGUAUUGUACUUAACUUGUAGAAAUAAACUUUGUACACCAUUGCC